AUGUCCAUCAUAUUCAAUGCCCUCCCCCUCCUACCGCCUAUCUCUGAAUACGGCGAGCCUUUUUACCGCUCAGUUGAGCAGGCUAUUGAGGCUAUCAACAUACAUGCCCAGCCCCAAGACUUCGCAGUCUCAAAGCGAAGCUCCCAGCUUAAUCGUAUCCAACUACGAUGCGCCCGAGAUCCUAGAGAACUCCGCAUUCGUGAAGAAUGUAGUGGGUUAGCCAUUCACACAACAGGACUCCCUUGUAUUCACACGAUACUGCUCGCUAAGAGGGGUCCAGGCCUCUCAGUAGCUGAUUUCCACCCCCAUUGGCAUCUUCCAGAGGCACCAUCUAUUCAACCAUCUAUUCAACCAUCUAUUCAACCAUCUAUUCAACCAUCUAUUCAACCAUCUAUUCAACCAUCUAUUCAACCAUCUAUUCAACCAUCUAUUCAACCAUUCUCUCCGCCCAUUCCGGCAUCUCAGGUGCAGAACCCCCCUAAGGCCAUUACCCGGGGCCGUCCUCCGGCCUCAUCGGCGCGGCAGGCUAUCUCUCAGCGCUCAACCCAGCGCUCACCAUCUCAAUUUGAGAUCACCGAGCAGCAGAUACUAGCUGAGAACCAGGAAUUUGAAGUAUCACGGGCGGCCUCACAGGCAUCUCAGGCAGGGGGGGAGAGGGGGGGGGGCAUCGCAGGCAUCGGCGGCAGGGGGGCAGGGUGGGAAGCCUCGGAGGAUGAAGGGCCAAGAAGAUCAGGCCGGGCGCCUAGGCCAAAGAGGAGAAGAACGGAUGAGACAACUCAGGGUGAAACCACUGAAACAGACCAUUAA